AUGACUAGUGUAGAAGAGACUAUUGAAUCACUACCACGCAGCAUAGAGAACUUCAAGACAAUUGAUAAAAUCUAUUUUGAUCAAGUCAAACGAAAAUGGUAUUUUGAAGACCCUGAAACAGAGAUAGAACUCAUUUUCGAUGAAGUGCAGAGAAAAUGGUUCGAAGAAACUCCCAAUGCUUUUUCCAAGAAAAGAGAGUAUCCAAAUGUUGAGGAAGAUGAAGAAAAGAAAACCAUCAAGGAGCUCAGAUUAAAGAAAAAACAGAAAAUAAAACAAAUGAAGGAUGAAGAGAAAGAAUCGCGACAGAAUACAAAGAAAAUAACCUCGGUAUAUGUUUCGAAUCUUCCGAAGGACAUCACAAAGGACGAGCUCGAAAAAGUCUUUGGCAAGUUUGGGGUAUUAGCUGAAGACUUGAUCAACAAUACAGGGAAAAGAAUUAAAAUUUAUACAGAUAAUGAAACCAAUGAGGUGAAAGGCGAUGCUCUAGUAGUAUAUCAUAGAAGCGAGAGUGUUGAUUUGGCGACAGAUAUGUUGGAUGAUUCAUAUAUUAGACCGGGUGUUAAGAUAAGAGUUCAAAAGGCGGAUUUUGAAAACUAUGGAAAGAAGCAAGGGGAAAGAAAACAAAUUAGUGAUGAAGUAAGAAAGAAAAUAAGUAAAAUGUCUAAGAAACUUGAUGAAAAAAUUGAUGAUUGGGAUGAUGAAGAGGAAUUAAAGAAAGAGCAGCGCCAGAAAUAUUUGAAGAGAUAUGAAAAGAUCGCUGUGUUGAAAGGAUGCUUUGCGGUGUCAGAAAUUGAAGAUGACCCUGAAGUAGUGGAAGAUAUUAAGGAAGAUAUGAUGGAGGAAUGUGAAAAGUUUGGAGAAGUUGUUCAAGUGACUGUGUAUGAUAAAGAACAGGAAGGAAUUGUCCUAGUGAAAUUCACAAACAGGGAAGCUGUUGAAUUGUGUAUAUCACAACUAAAUGGGAGAUACUUUGGUGGGCAACAAUUAGAAGUAUUUGUGUAUGACGGGAAGCCGUACCAAAGCUCCCAGCUCUCGAAAGAUGGUGACGUUGACGAUGAAAAGAGACUCAAAGACUACGAAGAGUUUCUCAAAAGUGGACUGCUGAUAAAAUCUUAG